GGUCCUGAGGAGGGAAGGCGCGCUUGGAGCCUCACGAGCACAAACCUUCAGCAGGAUGGCCGAGGUGGAGGACUCGGUUCGGGCCGCGGUCCCGUCCUGGUCCGGGGGUCUGCAGCGGGACUUCGUGUUCCGGAGGAGCGACUUCAUCCACGAGAUGCGCUGCGAGGACGUGGGCUUCCACCUGUACAGCCAGAUGUGCUGCGCAGCCGCGGGAAAAAGGCCGAAUGCGUUUCCACAAGCUGCAGAACGUGCAGAUCGCUCUGGACUUCCUCAAACACAGACAGGUCAAACUGGUGAACAUCAGGAACGAUGACAUCGCAGAUGGAAACCCCAAACUGACCCUGGGUCUGAUCUGGACCAUCAUCCUGCACUUCCAGAUCUCAGACAUCCAGGUGAACGGUCAGUCAGACGACAUGACGGCCAAAGAGAAGCUGCUGCUGUGGUCUCAGAGGACGGUGGAGGGACACCCGGGUCUGCGCUGCGACAACUUCACCACCAGCUGGAGGGACGGCAAGCUCUUCAAUGCCAUCAUCCACAGGCACAGGCCCACCGGGAUCGACAUGGAUCAAGUCUACCGUCAGACCAACCAGGAGAACCUGGAGCAGGCCUUCAGCAUCGCAGAACGAGAACUGGGCGUCACCAGACUGCUGGACCCCGAGGACGUGGACGUUCCUCAUCCUGAUGAGAAGUCCAUCAUCACGUACGUCUCGUCGCUGUAUGACGCCAUGCCCCGGGUACCAGACGUCCAAGACGGGAUCAGAACCAACGAGCUGCAGCUGCGCUGGCAGGAGUACUACGAGGUGGUCACCGUGCUGCUGCAGUGGAUCCGGCACCACGUCCUGGUCUUCGAGGAGAGGAAAUUCCCCAGCAGCUACGAGGAGAUCGAGGUUCUCUGGCGUCAGUUCCUGAAGUUCAAGGAAACGGAGCUUCCUGCUAAAGAGGCGGACAAGAACCGCUCCAAACGCAUCUUCAAGUCCUUCGAGGGUGCGGUCCAGUCCGGUCAGGUGAAAGUUCCUCCUGGUUACCACCCCCUGGAUGUGGAGAAGGAGUGGGGCCGUCUGCACGUGGCCAUCCUGGAGCGGGAGCGUCUCCUCAGGACUGAGUUUGAGCGGCUGGAGCGGCUGCAGAGGGUCGUCAGUAAGGUCCAGAUGGAGUCGGGUGUCUGUGAGGAGCAGCUGAACCAGGUGGAGACUCUGCUGCAGACGGAUGUGAGGAUGAUGAGUUCUGGGAGACCCGCUCAGCACACGGCGGAGGUGGAGGCUGAUCUGGAGAAGGCGGAGGGGAUGAUCCGCUUUCUGUUCAACGACGUUCAGCAGCUGAAGGACGGGCGCCACCUGCAGGCGGAGCAGAUGUACCGCAGGGUGUACCGGCUCCACGAGAGGCUCGUCAACCUGCGCAGCGAGUACAACCUGCGGCUGAAGUCAGGCGUGACCGCCGCACAGAUCCCCGUGAGCCAGAUCCCCAUGAGCCCGGUCCACACGAGCCCAGUCCACGCGAGCCAGGUCCACGCGAGCCAGGUCCACGCGAGCCAGGUUCACACGAGCCAGGUCCACACGAGCCAGGUCCACACGGCUCAGGUCCUGCAGCAGGCCUCGUCCAGGGCGCGGCCCGAGCUGGACGAGGUCACGCUGCAUUACGUCCACGACCUGCUGGGCUGGGUGGAGGAGAACCAGCGGCGGGUGGACGAGGGCGAGUGGGGCUCCGACCUGCCCAACGUGGAGUCCCAGCUGGGCAGCCACCGAGGCCUGCACCAGUCCGUGGAGGAGUUCCGCUCCAAGAUGGAGAGGGCGAAGGCCGACGAGAGUCAGAUUUCUCCUCCCAGUAAAGCUGCGUACCGAGACUUCCUGGGCAAACUGGAGCUGCAGUACGGGAAGCUGCUGAACUCCUCGAAGGCCCGGCUGCGGUACCUGGUGGAGCUCCACGCCUUCGUCAGCGCCGCCACCAAGGAGCUGAUGUGGCUGAACGAGAAGGAGGAGGAGGAGGUGCACUACGACUGGAGCGAACGCAACACCAACAUGGCCUCCAAGAAAGAAAGCUACUCGGGUCUGAUGAGAGAGCUGGAGCUCCGGGAGAAGAAGGUGAACGCCGUUCAGACCUCUGGAGACAAACUGCUGCGAGACGGACAUCCUGCACGGCAGACCAUCGAGUCCUUCACAGCGGCCCUGCAGACUCAGUGGAGUUGGAUCCUUCAGCUCUGCUGCUGCAUCGAGACCCACCUGAAGGAAAACAUGGCCCACUUCCAGUUUUUCUCUGACGUGAAGGAGGCGGAGGAGAGGAUGAGGAAGAUGCAGGACACGAUGAAGAGGAAGUACACGUGUGACCGCUCGGUGACGGUGACCCGGCUGGAGGACCUGCUGCAGGACGCCGCUGACGAGAAGGAGCAGCUGGCCGAGUUCAAGACGCACCUGGAGGGUCUGAAGCGCAGAGCGAAAACCGUCGUCCAGCUGAAGCCACGAAACCCGGCGAGCCCCAUCAAAGGAAAACAGCCGAUCCAGGCCGUGUGCGACUUCAAACAGAUGGAGAUCACGGUGCACCGAGGAGACGAGUGCGCGCUGCUGAACAACUCGCAGCCCUUCAAGUGGAGGGUUCUGAACGAUAAAGGCAACGAGGCGCUGGUUCCGUCCAUCUGCUUCCUGGUGCCGCCGACCAAUAAGGACGCCGUGAACGGCGUCGCCGGACUGGACGGGAACCUGCAGAGGCUGCAGAACAUGUGGCAGAACUUGUUUGUGGACCUGAAGAGCCUCCUGUCCUGGCAGUACCUGAUGAGAGACAUCCACGUCAUCAACUCCUGGAACGUCACCAUGUUCAAGACUCUGAGGGUGGACGAGUACCGGCUGGCCCUGAGGAACCUAGAGCAGCACUACCAGGACUUCCUAAGGGACAGCCAGGACUCUCAGAUGUUUGGUGCUGAGGACCGGAUGCAGGUGGAGUCCAACUACAACCGAGCCAACCAGCACUACCAGACCAUGGUCAGCUCUGCAGAACAAGGCUUCGAGCCCCCCAGAACAGGAGACCAAAACGAGUCCGUGUGUAAAACCUACCUGACCAAGAUCAAAGACCUCCGUCUGAAGCUGGAAGGUUGUGAGACCCGAACCGUGACUCGACUCCGUCAGCCGGUGGACAAGGAGCCGCUGAAGGCCUGCGCCCUGAAGACCGCAGAGCAGAUGAAAGUCCAGUCAGAGCUGGAGGGCUUGAAGAAAGACCUGAACUCCAUCGCUGAGAAGACGGAGGAGGUCCUGAUGUCUCCUCAGCAGUCCAGCUCCGCCCCCAUGCUGCACUCCGAGCUGGACCUCACCCUGAAGAAGAUGGACCACGUCUACGGACUGUCCUCCGUCUACCUGGACAAGCUGAAAACCAUCGAUGUGGUGAUCAGAAACACCAAGGAGGCCGAAGAUUCUCUGAAGAGCUACGAGACUCGUCUGCGGGACGUCAGUAAGGUUCCUGCUGACGAGAAGGAGGUGGAGGAGCAGCGCUCCCAGCUGAAGUCGGCGCGAGCUGAAGCGGAAACCGACCAGGCGACCUUUGACCGGCUGCAGGACGAGCUGCGGAGGGCGGCGGCCAUCAGCGACAAGAUGGCGAGCAUCCACAGCGAGCGUGACGCCGAGCUGGACCACUACCGCCAGCUGGUGGGCGGGCUGCUGGAGCGAUGGCAGGCCGUGUUCGCUCAGAUCGACCUCAGGCUGCAGGAACUCGAGCUCCUUGGACGGAAGAUGAAGACGUACCGCGAUAAGUACGAGGCGCUGAUCCGCUGGCUGGAAGAGGCUCGGCAGAGGCAGGAGAAGGUCCAGUCCGUCCCCGUUGGAGACGGGAAGGCCCUCCGGGAGCAGCUGGCAGAGGAGAAGAAACUUCUGGAGGAAAUCGAGAAAAACAAAGGCGAAGUUGAAGGUUGCCAGAAAAACGCCAAAGCUUACAUCGAUUCUGUGAAGGAUUAUGAGCUCCUCAUAUUGACGUACAAAGCUCUCCAGGAUCCCAUCGCGUCUCCUGUGAAGAAACCUCGCCUGGAGUGUGCAUCCGAUGACAUCAUCCAGGAGUACGUGACGCUGAGAACCCGCUACAGCGAGCUGCUGACGCUCGCCAGCCAGUACGUUAAGUUCAUCACGGACACGCAGCGCCGCCUGGAGGACGAGGAGAAAGCCUCCGAGAAGCUGAAGGAGGAGGAAAGGAGAAAACUGGCCGAGAUCCAGGCCGAGUUAGAGGAGAAGAAGCAGCUGGCUGAAGCUCAGGCCCAGUCCGUGGCCAAAGCCGAGCAGGAAGCUCUGCAGCUGCAGCUGAAGAUGAAGGAAGACGCCAACAGGAGGCAGGACGUGGCGGCGGACUCAGAGAAGCAGAAACAGAACAUCCAGCAGGAGCUGCAGCAUCUGAAGUGUCUGUCCGAGCAGGAGAUCUCGUCUAAGAGCCAGCAGCUGGAGGAGGCGCUGCUCAGCAGGACCAAGAUCGAAGAGGAGAUCCACAUCAUCAGAGUUCAGCUAGAGACCACCCUGAAACAGAAAGCCACAGCCGAAGGAGAGCUCCAGACGCUCCGAGACAAGGCCGCCGAGGCCGAGAAGCUCAGGAAGUCCGCUCAGGACGAGGCCGAGAGGCUCCGCAAGCAGGUGGCCGAGGAGGCCCAGAAGAAGAAGAGCGCCGAGGACGAGCUGAAGCGUAAAUCUGAAGCAGAGAAAGAGGCGGCCAAGCAGAAACAGAAGGCCCUGGAGGAGCUGCAGAAGUUCAAGAUGCAGGCUGAGGAGGCGGAGCGGCGCAUGAAGCAGGCUGAGGAGGAGAAGGUGCGGCACAUCAAAGUGGUGGAGGAGGUGGCGCAGCAGGCCGCUGCCACCCAGCUGCAAAGCAGAGCCGCGUCGUUCACCGAGAAGGCAACGGAGCUGGAGAAAUCCCUGAAGAAGGAGCAGGGGACCGUCCUCCAGCUGCAGGAGGAGGCCGACAGGCUCAGGAGGCAGCAGGAGGAGGCCGACAGAGCCAGGGAGCGAGCCGAACAGGAGCUGGAAGCGUGGAGGCAGAAGGCCAACGAGGCUCUCCGCCUGAGGCUGCAGGCCGAGGAGGAGGCUCAGAGGAAGAGCCAGGACCAGGAGGAGGCCGAGCGGCAGAAGGUGGAAGCAGAGCGAGACGCUAAGAGGCGGGCGAAGGCCGAAGACGCGGCGCUGAAGCAGAAAGAAAACGCAGAAAAGGAGCUGGAAACCCAGAGACAGACGUCGGAACGGAUCGCUCAGCAGAAACUGUCCGCGGAGCAGGAGUGCAUCCGCCUGAAGGCCGACUUCGAGCACGCCGAGCAGCAGAGGGGCCUCCUGGAGAGCGAGCUGCAGCGCCUGAAACACGAGGUGAGCGCCGCAGAGGAGCAGAGGAAACGGCUGGAGGAGGAGCUGGCCAGGGUCCGGAGCGAGAUGGACGCCCUGCUGCAGGUGAAGAUUCAAACCGAGAAGGAGACGCUGUCCAAAACAGAGAAGAGCAAGCAGCUCCUGGAGGCCGAAGCCCUGAAGAUGAAGCAGCUGGCGGAUGAAGCUGCCCGCCUGAGGUCCGUCGCCGAAGAGGCAAAGAAGCAGCGGCAGACGGCAGAAGACGAGGCGGCGCGGCAAAGAGCCGAGGCCGAGAAGAUCCUCAAGGAGAAGCUGUCUGCCAUCAACGAGGCGACGCGAGUAAAGACCGAGGCCGAGAUCGCCCUGAAAGCUAAAGAAGCCGAGAACGAGAGGCUGAAGAGGAAAGCUGAGGAGGAGGCGUAUCAGAGGAAGCUGCUGGAGGAGCAGGCUGCCCAGCACAAACAGGAGAUCACCGAGAAGAUCACCCAGCUGAAGAGCUCCUCCGACUCCGAGCUGGAGAGACAGAAGAGCAUGGUGGAGGAAACGCUGAGGCAGAGGAAGGUGGUGGAGGAGGAGAUUCACAUCAUCAGGAUCAACUUUGAGAAAGCGUCCAAGGAGAAGUCGGAGCUGGAGCUGGAGCUGAAGAAGCUGAAGGACCUCGCCGACGAGACGCAGAAAAGCAAACUGAAAGCUGAAGAGGAGGUGGAGAAGCUGAAGAAGCUGGCGGCGGAAGAGGAGAAGAAGAGGCAAGAAGCAGAGGAGAAGGUGAAGAGGAUCGCAGCCGCGGAGGAGGAGGCGGCUCGACAACGAAAAGCUGCUGAGGAGGAAGUGGAGCGGCUCAAACAGAAAGCUGCCGAAGCUAACGAGCAGAGAGCCGAGGCGGAGAAGGAGGCGCAGCGGCAGGUCCUCCUGGCCAAAGAGGCGGCGCAGAAAUGCAGCACGGCAGAACAGAAAGCUCAAGAUGUUCUCAGCAAGAACCAAGAAGAUGCUUCUGCUCAGAAAAAGAUGAAAGAUGAGUUUGAAAAAGCUAAAGAGCUGGCCGAGACGGCCGAGAAGGCCAAGGAGAAAGCAGAGAAGGAGGCCGGCGUGCUCCGGCAGAAAGCAGAGGAGGCCGAAAAACUGAAAACAGCUGCAGAGCAGGAAGCUGCGAAGCAAGCCGAAGCUCAGAAAGAUGCAGAGCAGCUGAAGAAGGAGGCCGUGGAGGAGGCAAAGAGACGCGCUGCAGCCGAGGCGGCGGCGCUGAAGCAGAAGCAGCAGGCCGACGCAGAGAUGGCCAAACACAAGAAGGAGGCCGAGGAGGCCCUGCAGCAGAAGUCUCAGGUGGAGAAGGAGCUCUCGGUCAUCAAGGUGCAGCUGGACCAAACCGAUGAGCAGAAGGAGGUGCUGAACGCUGAGCUCCAGAGGGUCAAGGCCGAAGUUAACGACGCUGUCAGACAGAAGGCGCUGGUGGAGGAAGAACUGUCCAGAGUCAAGGUCCAGAUGGACGAGCUCCUCAAGAUCAAGCUGAAGAUCGAGGAGGAAAACCAGCUCCUCAUGCAGAAGGACAAAGAUCUCAGCCAGAAGCUGCUUUUAGACGAGGCAGAGAAGAUGAAGAAGCUGGCAGCCGAAGCUGCUCGGCUCAACGUGGCGGCUGAGGAGGCGGCGAGGCAGAGGCAGAGCGCCGAGGCCGAGCUGGCCCAACAACGAGCGCUCGCCGACAAGAUGCUGAAGGAGAAGAUGCAGGCCAUCCAGGAGGCCUCGAAGCUGAAGGCUGAAGCAGAGGAGCUGCAGAAACUGAAGGACCAGGCCCAAGAAAAGGCUCAAAAACUGCAGGAGGACAAACAACAGAUCCAGCAGCGCCUCCAGAAGGAGACGCAGGACUUCCAAAAGUCCCUGGAGGCGGAGAAGAAGAGGCAGCAGGCGGUGUCCGCCGAGGCCGAGCAGCUGAAGCUCCGAGUCAAAGAGCUCAGCGACGCUCAGGCCAGAGCCGAAGAGGAGGCCGAGAAGUUCAAAAACCAGGCUGACGAAGCUAAAGCUCGUCUUCAGGACUCUGAGAAACCAGUGACGGACGGCGUGGUGCAGAAGCUGGAGACCCAGAGGCUGCAGAGCACGCGAGAAGCCGACGCUUUGAAGACCUCCAUCUCUGAGCUGGAGAAGGAGAGGGAGAGGCUGAAAGGAGAAGCAGACGAGCUGCAGAGAAGAACCCAACAGAUGGCCGAAGCCCAACUGGAGCAGAUUGAGCAGCAGAAGGUCGUGCUUCAGCAGUCGUUCCUCACAGAGAAGGAAGCGUUGCUGAAAAGAGAAAAGACUGUUGAAGACGAGAAGAAGAAGCUGGAGAAGCAGUUGGAGGAGGAGGCGAAGAAGGCCAAAGCUCUCAAAGAUGAACAGGAGCGUCAGCGCGCUCUGAUGGAGGAGGAGAGGAAGAAGCUGCAGGCCAUCAUGGAGGAAGCUGUGAGGAAGCAGAAGGAGGCCGAAGCUGAAAUGAAGAACAAACAGAAAGAAAUGGAAGUUCUUGAAAAGAAAAAACCAGAGCAGGAAAAACUCUUGGAAGAGGAGAACGAAAAGCUCAGAGAGAAACUGCAGAGUCUCCAAGGUGCUUCUAAAGCAGGCGUUUCUGAAACGAAGGAGAUCGACGUUCAGACCGAUGAGGUUCCUGAAGAGCAGCUGGUUCCCACGACAGCUGCGGGAGCCACAAAGAAAGUGUUUAAUGGUUCUGUGGAAGUGGGCAGCGUAAAGAAAGACGGACAAGCGCGGUUAGCGUUCGAUGGAAUUAGAGAGAAAGUUCCUGCUGAAAGGCUUCACAGCAUUGGUGUCCUCACCAAGAAGGACUUGGACAAACUGAAAAAGGGCAAAGUUUCAGUGCAAGACCUCGAAAAGACCGACAAGAUUAGGUCAUGUCUCAAGGGCCAGAGCUGCGUCGGAGGGAUCUUGACUCCUUCCAAAGAGAAGAUGAGCGUCUAUAAGGCCAUGACCGAGAACAAGAUUACUCCCGGCUCUGCAGCAAUGCUCCUGGAAGCUCAGGCCGCCUCCGGCUACAUCGUUGAUCCAGUCAAAAAUAAACUUCUCUCUGUAGAUGAAGCUGUUAAAGAGGAACUGAUCGGCCCAGAACUCCAUGACAAGCUGCUGUCUGCUGAACGAGCAGCCACUGGAUUUAAAGACCCAUACACGGGAGCCAAAAUCUCUCUGUUCGAGGCCAUGAAGAAGGGUCUGAUAGAAAAAGAGCAGGCUACCAAGUUCCUAGAUGUGCAGCUUGCGACCGGUGGCAUCGUUGACCCCAUCAACAGUCACAGGGUGCCACUUCAGACCGCCUACAAGCAGGGCCAGUUUGACACAGACAUGAACAAGAACCUCACUGAUCCCAGCGACGACUGCAAGUUAUUCAUCGACCCCAGCACUCAGGAGCAACUCACCUACAAACAGUUGGUGGAGAAGUGCAGCAGAGAUUCAGAGACUGGGCUGCUGAUAUUACCGGUGACAGAGAAAGCUGCUCAGGGCGAGAGAACAUACACAGACGCAGAAACUAAAGAGCUGUUCAGUACAUCUAACAUUGACAUUCCAUUUGGAAGAUUCAAAGGAAAAACCGUCACCAUCUGGGAGGUGAUAAACUCAGAGUAUUUCACGGAGGAGCAGAGGAGAGAACUGAUCCGUCAGUACAAGUCUGGUAAGAUCACCGUGGAAAAGAUCAUCAAAAUCGUCAUCACUGUUGUGGAAGAUAAAGACAAGGACAGUGGAAAUGUCUUCAAUGGUUUGAGGGCUCCAGUCUCUGCCAGUGAGCUGUUAGAGUCCAAGAUUAUAAACAAAGAUUUGUUCAACAAAUUAAGUAAUGGUAAGAUCUCAGUUAAAGAGGUUUCUGCCCUGGACCCGGUGAAGAAGGCUCUGCAAGGAACACCCAGCAUUGCUGGACUGUUGAAUGAACCAACCAAAGAGAAAAUGCCUUUCUACCAAGCCAUGAAACAGGACCUCCUCUCACCAGAGACAGCCGUGAAUCUUCUUGAAGCUCAAGCAGCGACAGGAUUUAUGGUUGAUCCUGUGAAAAAUGAGAGGAUGCCCGUUGACGAGGCUGUUAAAGCGGGUCUUGUUGGUCCAGAGCUCCAUGAGCGCCUCUUGUCCGCAGAGAGAGCCAUCAGCGGCUUCAAAGACCCAUACACUGGGAAAACUGUGUCUGUUUUUGAAGCCAUGGGCAAAGGCCUCAUAAAGAAAGACCAGGGCAUGCGUCUGCUAGAAGCCCAGCUUUCAACAGGUGGAGUUAUCGAUCCAAUUAAAAGCUACCGGAUCCCAGACGAGGUUGCCUGCAAGCGUGGAUAUUUUGAUGAGGGAAUCAGCAAAACCUUGAAUCAAAACACAGAUGAAACAAAAGUAUUUUAUGAUCCCAACACACAUGAGGGUGCAACCUACACACAGCUCAUGAAACAAUGUGUCACAGACAAAGAAACUGGACUCCCAUUGCUUCCCCUCUCAAAGAAAGCAAAAGAAGUCCAGCAGAUCACAGAGGUUAAAACAAAAGAAGCCCUGAAUGAAGCAACCAUGGAGCUGGAGUAUGGACCAUUCAAAGGGAGAAAAGUCACGAUCUGGGAGAUCAUAAACUCUGAAUACAUCACGGAGGAGCAGAGAAUCGAACUGAUCCGCCAGUACAGAAUGGGACUGGUAACAAUUGAAAAGUUGAUAAAGAUUGUGAUAACGACAGUUGAUGAAAAAGAGGAUAAAACAAAGACAGAACCUUGUUUUCAUGGCCUUCGAGCACCAGUCACCGCCAGCUCACUGCUUGAUUCCAGCAUCAUCGACAAGACUACAUUUGAUCAACUCCUGCAGAAUAAAAAGACACCUAAAGAAGUCAGUGAAACUGAUGAAGUCAGGAAGUACCUGCAAGGCACAGACCGCAUUGAUGGAAUCACCAUGGCAGAUACAGAUGACAAGUUCAGCAUAUAUCAGGCAAUGAAAAAGCAUGUUCUGCAACAUAACACUGGGCUGGCGCUUCUUGAGGCCCAAGCUGGUACUGGAUUUAUAACUGAGCCAGUUAAAAACCUGAAAUACUCUGUGGAUGACGCUGUGAAGGUUGGAGUUGUUGGCCCAGAGCUUCACGAGAAGCUUCUUUCAGCUGAAAAAGCCGUGACUGGAUACAAGGAUCCAUACACAGGCAAAAAGAUCUCACUAUUCCAAGCCAUGAAGAAGGAUCUUGUGCUGAGGGAGCACGCUAUUCCUAUUUUGGAAGCUCAGUUUACAACAGGAGGUAUCGUUGAUCCAGUCAGUAGCCAUCGUGUUCCCAACGAUGUGGCCAUUCAACUUGGCUAUUUCAGCAAAGAAAUGAUGAAGUCUUUCAAUGAACCGACAGCUGAUGUUAAAGGUUUCACUGAUCCCAACACCAGUGGAAGCGUGACUUACCGCCAGCUCCUAGAGAAAUGCACAAGAGACCCCACCUCUGGCCUGUGCUACCUGCCUCUGUCAAAAAUUGAAGCUCCUGCACUAUCUGAGAAAUCAUUCGAGUACACGGAGGAGCAAGCCCAAACAGAUCUAGCCAACACUCAAAUCGAGAUCCCACAUAAGAACUUUGAAGGAAAGAGCAUGAGCAUUUGGGAGGUGAUGAACUCAAAUGUGCUUCCAGAAAAAGAGAGGCGCCGCCUCAUGGAACAGUAUCGCAUGGGCCAAAUCACAAAGGAAAGAAUGAUCAUCAUCAUCAUUGAAAUCAUUGAACAGAGAGAGGUUUCUGAGCAGGGCCUGUCAUGUGAUGUGAUCAGACGAAAGGUUACGAUCGAGGAGCUGUACAGUGCUCGGAUCAUUGAUUUGAACACAUACAAUCUCCUGAAACAAGAAAAGUUGAGUAUUCGUGAGGUGAUGGAAAUGCAGUCAGUCAAGCAGUACCUCUUUGGCACUGGAUGCAUUGCUGGGAUUAUGUCAGACAGUCCUCCCAGGAUUAGCAUUUACCAGGCCAUGAAGAAUGGACAGAUUAAGCCUGAAGUUGCUCUGAAACUCCUCGAGGCCCAAGCAGCAACAGGAUUCAUGAUGGACCCUGUGAAAGAUCAGCUUCUAACAGUUGAUGAAGCUGUACGUAAAGGUCUUGUUGGCCCUGAACUCCAUGAUAAACUUCUCUCAGCUGAGCGGGCAGUAACUGGUUACAAAGAUCCAUACAGUGGAAAGGUCAUUUCUCUCUUCCAGGCAAUGAAAAAAGACCUGAUUCCUGAGGAUCACGCCUUGCGGCUGUUGGAGGCCCAGAAUGCCACAGGAGGACUGAUGGACCCUGAAUACUACUUCCAUCUUCCUGUGGAUGUUGCCUUGCAGCGAGGAUACAUAAAUAAGGAGACACUUGACAGAAUAACUGAACCUACUUUAGACGUGCGAGGUUACAUUGACCCGACAACCGAUGAAAACCAGUCCUAUGCACAGCUACUGAAAAGAUGCAGAGUUGAUAAAGAAAGUGGAUUGAAGUUGCUUUCAUUAGCAGACAGAAGACUUCUCUUUAAGGGUCUUCGAAAACAAAUCACUGUAGAUGAGUUGCUCCGGUCACAAAUUAUCGACCAAAAGACUUACAAUGAGCUCACUGAGGGUGUUGUUACGGUGGAGGAAAUCAGCAGAGAGCUCAAGAAGUACCUUGAGGGCACCAGCUGUAUUGCUGGUGUGUAUGUUGAAUCCAACAAAGAUCGUCUAUCAAUUUACCAGGCAAUGAAGAAGAACAUGAUCAGACCAGGGACUGCAUUCGAACUUCUUGAGGCUCAAGCAGCUACAGGUUAUGUGAUUGAUCCCAUCAAGAACCUGAAAUUGAACGUCAUUGAUGCUGUUAAAAUGGGUGUCGUAGGCCCAGAGUUUAAGGACAAACUCCUUUCUGCUGAACGAGCUGUCACUGGCUACAAGGACCCUUAUUCUGGCAAAAUCAUCUCUCUUUUCCAGGCUAUGAAGAAGAACCUAAUUCUCAAAGACCAUGGUAUUCGUCUGCUGGAGGCUCAAAUCGCCACAGGGGGAAUAAUUGAUCCAGAGGAGAGCCACCGUUUGCCUGUUGAAACGGCGUACGAACGUGGCCUCUUUGAUGAGGAAAUGAAUGGAAUCCUCACUGACCCUUCUGAUGACACAAAAGGUUUCUUUGACCCGAACACAGAGGAAAAUCUCACUUACCUGCAGCUGAUGGAGAGAUGCAUGACAGACCCAGAGACUGGCCUCCGUCUACUGCUGCUGAAAGAAAAGAAGCGUGAGAGGAAGACAUCCUCCAAGUCUUCAGUUCGCAAACGAAGGGUUGUCAUUGUGGACCCAGAGUCUGGAAAAGAGAUGUCGGUUUAUGAAGCAUAUCAGAAAGGUCUGAUUGACCACCAGACCUAUCUGGAGCUGGCAGAGCAGGAGUGUGAAUGGGAAGAAAUCACAAUCACCUCAUCUGAUGGAGUCGUGAAGUCCAUGAUCAUUGACCGAAGGUCUGGUCGGCAAUAUGAUAUUGAUGAUGCAAUCUCAAGAGGCCUGAUAGGUAAGUCGGCACUGGAUCAGUACCGAGCUGGGACACUGUCCAUCACAGAGUUUGCAGACAUGCUUUCUGGAAACACGAGUGGUAACAGAUCACGUUCGUCCUCCUUCGGCUCGUCUUCCUCUUACCCCAUGAGCCCAAUACCUUCCAUUAAAACACCAGCAACCACCUGGAAUGACCCAACAGAGGAAACUGGACCUGUGGCUGGAAUUUUAGACACAGACACAUUGGAAAAGGUUUCAGUUACGGAGGCCAUUCACAGAAACCUUGUGGACAAUAUAACGGGCCAAAGGUUACUGGAAGCUCAGGCCUGCACCGGAGGCAUCAUUGACCCAAACACCGGGGAGAAAUUCUCUGUUGCAGAUGCUCUCAAUAAAGGGCUUGUGGAUAAAAUCAUGGUGGACCGCAUCAAUUUAGCCCAGAAGGCAUACAAUGGAUUUGAAGAUCCUAGAACUAAAACCAAAAUGUCUGCAGCCCAAGCUCUGAAGAAAGGAUGGCUUUACUAUGAAGCUGGACAGCGGUUCCUUGAGGUCCAGUAUCUCACUGGUGGGUUGAUUGAACCUGACGCUACAAGUCGAGUUUCUAUAGACGAGGCUCUGAGGAAGGGCACCUUAGAUGCACGUACGGCACAAAAGUUACGAGACGUCAGCGCAUAUUCGAAGUACCUCACCUGCCCCAAAACCAAACUUAAGAUCUCCUACAAAGACGCGAUGGAAAGAAGCAUGACAGAGGAGGGAACCGGCCUGAGACUACUUGAAGCAUCGUCUCAGUCCAGCAAAGGCCUUUACAGUCCGUACAGCAUCAGUGGUUCUGGCUCUGCUACUGGAUCACGGUCCGGCUCAAGGACUGGUUCCAGAUCCGGCUCCAGAAGGGGUAGCUUUGAUGCCACUGGGUCAAGCCUCAUGACGACCACCUUCUCGUCUUCCUCCUACAGUUCUCCGAGCUACAGCCGGCGAUACUGAGGAUCGACGUGCUUUACAGAGCUCACCAGAUGCCUAAGUCUUUGUGGAAUAAAGACGACCUCUGUUCUGCUCUGCACGAGGCCGUUACAGUACUUUAAAUAUUUAAUCUUUCAACAGACCUACAUUUAAUCUUUUUCUUGUUCGUAUAUUUUAUUCUUGCUUUAGGGCCCGUGUAUGUGGCCUCAUUAGAUUCAUGGUCAUGUACUGUAAGCAGUUUAUUCCAUGAAUCUAAAACAUUUUUUGUUAUUCUUGACUUUUUGAUUGUUAAACUUUAAUAAAAGCAUUUAGUGUUCCACUAAAACGCAUUGCAUUUGCAAUGUUGGACUGAUGAAAACAAUUGGAUGUACAAACAGAAAUUUCUUUACAUGUGUAUAUUUCUGAAAACUGAGAGAAAUUGCUUCUGCAGAGCAGAAUAUGAAGUCAAAUGAAGAGGAAUAAUAAGAAUCUGCUGAACGCUUAAUGAACGCAAAGCUUCAAGAUCUUUUCUCUCCUGGGCCACGUGCACCGCAAAAACAUAAACGCUCAUAAAAUUCAUGAUAAACUGAAAGAAGCAGCCAACACCGAUGAGAAGAAGACUAUUCAGAGAAUAAAGCCUGCCGGCUCACGCACGUGGAUUUGAAAGAUCAAAGUUAAUCGCAGCUGUUUCCAGACACUGAACGGUACGUAAAGAGAACCCAGGAUUCGCCUCAGUCCACGACUGGGUUACUGACGUUCAACGUUUGUUUCAGAAACUUUCCUCGUGUUCGUGUCCCGAUCUUUGCUCCGACGCUUCCAGAGGCCGUUGGCUUCACGUCGCUGGAGUCGCACGAAACGCAGGCUGCUCUGCGCUCGACACGGACCGGUACCAGAACCUGACUGUGUGAUAACCUUCAGCCAAAAUACUGCGGUUUCACAUUAAAACAGAAAUUUAAAACAUGUAUUUGCUUUUAUUUUGAAAUGGAAGUACAAUUCUUAUUACUGCUGCCUAAAUUAUAUUGUAUUUUGUCCAAAACUGAAUAUAUUGUAGGUUUAACAAACAAGUCUUUAUUAUACUAAAACACCCUGAGAGCAGAGUUUUACUUGAACUGAAGAUCGAUUUCAAACAAUAUGUGCUCAAUUUGUUUGAGUCAAUUUAUUCAAAAUGAUAUUUAAGAUGAGGGCAAAAUGUUGAAUUUAAUCCCAAAUAUUAAGAUUUUUAUUUAUGUAACACCAGAGGAGGUUGCAUUAAAAUAAUAUAUUGAAACAGAUUGCAGAGGAUAUAAUGAACAUGCAGUAAUUCACCACAAGCAGCUUGUCCGUCACAUGAACGAAGCUUCGUGUAAUGACUGAACGAAACCAGGCGUUUCCUUGAAGAGCAGCAACAAGAACUAAGAUGUCUUCCAUUAAACACCAAAGUAGCAAAGUAAACUAAAGCAGAUCCGUGUAUUUGUAAUUAAAGUACCGGUCAUACGUGCUCCCUGCUGCUCGGCCCUGUAGAGUUCUGCUGAGCCCGACUAACCAAAGAUGGCGGCUCGUUAGCCCGUUUCACCUGCUAACGCGCUAACGCUUGUUGCGAAAACAGAAAAGUCUCGUCUGUUGUCUCGUUUUUAGAACUUCUAAAAAGGAUUUCUAGUUGGAACAAUAAAAGUUAUUUAAUAAACUGUUACUUCUGCUAUAAAAAUGAGACAAUAAAAACACUGGCUGUUCAGUUUUUAUUUAAUCCUUUUUAAUUAAUGACACACGCACGUCACCAUUUCAUUUACCCUGCAGUGCAUUAAAUGACGUAGACGAGAUGCUUCAGCGCCAGCUCCAUGUACGGUCAAUUAAACAUCAAAAGUUGAUCACAUUUGAUCGUUUCGACCCAUUUAUUGUGCAUAAGGACUGAUACAAAACACGACUUUAUCGGCACAAGUUACAACUCUUUAGCCUCGACUCCUUGUGUUUUAGGCUCCAACCGAUGUAUGUCAUCGCCUGUCUUAAAGAAAAAUGUAAUAAACCUGAAUUGUUUUUUAAGUAAUUGGAAGUUUGCACGUCACAACAGUUUUUAGUGGAACAGGGAAAACCCUCAUAUUAAAGACGAAACGGCGACGGAUGCAGUGGUUUAGACGCGUGACGUUUGGACUCUGUGGUAAAGCUUGACCCCCGGCGUCCCGUGGCUGCUCUGAGCUGCGAGCUCCGCUUCAGAGAUGCAGCUUAAAACACGAAGAAGCUGCAGAACAGACUCCACAAACGAUAUCAACCUUCGUGCUUUAUUAUUUUAUCAGCUAAACCAUUUUACUGUCAGACUAGAAAUGAAACCACGCCUCAAAACCCAGAAGACACACAGGAUUCAUGUUUUUCUUCCAGUCAGUAAUCUGUAAUCUGUAAUCUGUACUGAUGAUUAAAUAUAUUUGUGUCAGCAUGGAUGAACGUUUGUGUGAGGAAGAUCUUCAAGCUUUGCUCCACACCCACUCUUUGUAUUUUACACUAGUUUAAGCUUUAACUCUACCCUGUAAAUCUACAUAUUACCUUUUUAUUUUCAUACUCUAUAUUUUUGCUCUGCAUGGUUUACUAACAAAUGAAAGAUGCAAACAUUUAAAUAACUGUAUUCUUUAUUGCUUUUUGUUUGUUUUAAUGUUUUAAAAGGUUUGAAGGAUGUAUUUUAGUUGGGCUCAUCACGCCUCGUUUCAAAUGGUGUAUUUAUAAUAAAAAGGGGACAAAGACAUUUAUUGUAACUCAUACACGAUGUAAAUAAACAAAGAAAAACUGG